UGUGCAUGUGACCUCCUUUACUUUCCAUAGUGUAUCUUUCCCUUGUUCACCAAGUUAGAGUAUCACAAUGUUGGUGAAAGUGAAGAUUCAGCCUAUACAUUAGACUGUGGUUUUAUGAUGUUUAUUGUAAUCCCUCAUUUCAGGCUUGGCAUCAUGGAUCCUCUGCUGGAAUCAAAUGAUACUUUUGCCUUAAAGGUUUUCAGAGUAUUGGGUGAAGACAUUUCAAGAAAUGUAUUUUUCUCACCCUCAAGCAUGUUUUCAUCUCUGGCUAUGAUCUUAAUGGGAGCAAAUGGAACCACUGCAAGACAGAUAAGUCAGGUACUUUCUUUGGAUAAAUGCAGCAGCAAUGGAGGUGGAGACGUCCACCAGGGCUUUCAGUCACUUCUCACAGAAGUGAACAAGACUAACACAAGGCACAUGCUCAAAACAGCCAACGGUGUCUUUGUAGAAGACAGUUUUGAUAUCCUAGAAUCUUUUAAAGAUUCCUGCCGCAAGUUGUACAAAGCAGAGAUAGAAAACCUGGACUUUAAGGGUGCUCCAGAGCAGUCCCGACAGCACAUCAAUACCUGGGUAGCCAAAAAGACAAAAGAUGUAAUCAGAGACUUGCUGUCUCCAGUUACAGUAAAUUCAAACACACAGCUGGUCCUUGCAAAUGCCAUUUACUUCAAAGGAAACUGGGAGAAGCCAUUUAAUAAAGAGGACACCAGGGAGAUGCCUUUCAAAAUCAGCAAGAAUGAGAAAAAACCAGUUCAAAUGAUGUUUAAGAAGUCUACUUUCAAAAUGUAUUAUGUGAAAGAGAUAUCUACUACUAUUUUACUGCUUCCUCAUAUUGGAAAUGGGUUGAACAUGGGCAUCAUGCUUCCAGAUGAAUAUGUUGAACUGAGAAUGGUGGAAAAUCAAAUAACUUACAAGAAACUUAUAGAGUGGACAAGGCUCGUCAAGAUGGAAGAAGAAGAGGUGGAGGUUUUUCUCCCACGCUUUAAACUGGAGGGGAACUAUGACAUGAAAGAAGUCCUUUGCAAGCUGGGCAUGACUGAUGCCUUUGAGGAGGGCAGAGCAGAUCUUUCAGGAAUAUCUUCCAAGCAAGGCCUAUUUCUAUCCAAUGUUGUGCACAAAUGUUUUGUGGAGGUCAAUGAGGAAGGCACAGAGGCUGCAGCUCCCAUUGGAAUUGUCACAAUGGAGUCACCACUGUCUCCCCGGUGCUUACUUGCUGAUCACCCCUUUUUUUUCCUCAUUCAAGAUGAUAAGAGUGAAGUGAUUCUGUUUCUUGGUCGGUUUUCCUCUCCCUGA